AGAAGAAGCUUUUCCCUUUCACUCCCGUGACAUGCAAGACAAGGCAGAGACACCAGCUGGCCUCUCCAAUCUCUCCAUUUGAUCAUGACCGUUGGCAAUCUUCCUUCCACCUGCAUAUUCGUCUUCGCCGGCACCUGAACAUAUUACACCCGCCAUGAAUUCAUCCUCGAUCGAUCCUGCCUCCUGGACUUGGCCGGACGACUUGCCUGGUGCAUGGUCAUCCGACCAUGUCAAAGAGGAAAAUAGGCCUCACUUCCGUCCGAAACAAGAGGACCAGCAUUCCGAGGAAGAGAGAAAGCAGACUCCGCCGCCGACUUCAUCCUCGACAGGCUCCACACACUCGACAGGCCACCAACCGCCACGCGAACGCCACUACGCUCCUCGCACAUGCCGCAUCUGUCUGGAGACUGUCUUGCCCACAUACAAUCCACCAUCAGACUCGUUACCUGCCUUCUUGCGCUCUUCGCCGAGCGUAACAUACGAGAGCGAAGAUGGUGGUCGCCUGCUUCGUCCUUGUCUGUGUAAAGGCAGCCAGAAAUAUGUCCACGAGGAGUGUCUUCAGGCUUGGCGUUUGCAGAAUCCUGAAGCAAAACGUAACUACUGGCAAUGUCCCACAUGUAGGUACAAGUAUCGUCUGGAACGAAUGACUUGGGCACACUGGAUCAGCGGUACCGCUGCUCAAAUCAUGCUUACUAUGACAAUCUUCAUCGUCGCCUCAUUCAUUCUAGGUUAUGUUGCCGACCCCAUCAUCAACCUUUAUCUUGAUCCUUACGACACUCUCGCUCAUGGUUCUCAGCCUCUGACUUUGACUGAUGAGGUAUCUACGUGGUCUGAGCACUUUGUCAAAGGCUUCGCAUCAUUGGGGCUGGUCGGCUUUGCCAAGUUUCUUCUUACACUAAGUCCAUGGCAAAUGUACAAUUUCCGUGCCACUGGCGUUGGUGGUGGUCGCACUACAGGUCGAGACAGAAUGGCUCAAAUCAGCUGGUUUGCCGUAGCAGUUGGCAUCAUGACUUUCACUUGGGCUGUCUGGAAAGGCGUGCGAGCUUGGAGUCGACGCGCCCUCGCGGCUGCAUCAGAACGUGUCAUGGACGUCCCUGGUGCAGAGCACGACGAGGACGACGAGUGAUGUGAUUUUGAAUUCCAAUGAGAACCCGCACUUCUUUAAAGUUGUCAUGCCUCCGAUUUCAUCUCUUGGUGGAAACGAUUCAGUGGCGUGGUGAUCGAGUCUACUUGCGGAGAUUGAACGCUUUUCAAGUUUCUUUGCUACCCAAACCGAACGUCUUGUUCACUUGGGUGGUGGCUUGUGGGCAUUGUCAACUUGUUUAAAAGGUAGCUGAUCCGCCGUCGGCAACGAAUCAUCAUGGCGGAAUGGCUUCGACGAGAUUGACACAUCUCUUUACUGAUUUGUAGAAUCUACAUUCAAUUGCAAUCAUAUCUUCCCACGAAAGAAUGCCGAA